UAAUAUUUAAAGUAGUCUGAGGGAACAAUCGUUUCAUUUUCGUUAAUAUUAAUAUCUAGUUUCUGUAAGAAGAUAUGAUAUGUUAUUGAUUCCUCGAAUUUACGAAUAAGAAUUUAGCCACAAAUUUUACUCAGCAGAUGUCGCUGUGAUUUGAAGGAACAUUACUGUAAUGCAGACUGCCGAUCUAAUUUCGUCCAAUAAAUUAUUUUAGAAAAUUAAUCUAAAUUCAUUUUCAUUCUAUAAUUAAGCGAUGGAAGAAAACAAGGAGCAGAUAUUAUCUGAUUUUAUGUCAUGUACUGGGAUUGAUGAUGUUGCAGAAUGUAUUAUGCAUUUAGAAGCUACAAAUUGGAAUUUAUUGGAUGCAAUCAAUUCAGUGAUGCCAGAAGAAUCUCAGACUCUUCCUUCAGAACGAGAAAUCGAACUUCCUAUGGAGAUUGAAGGAGCGUGUGGUUCUGCAGGAGGAGAUCUGGAUUUACAAAAUGACAAAGACAGUUCUCUAGUCAAUCCACUUCCAUUAUCUAUUGCAUCAGAACCAUCUAUUGUAUUCCCAUCUCGGUUAUUAAAUUUCUCAGUUAAAUAUAAAGAAAAUAUGGUCCCUCUUGAAGUACCAGACUCUGAAACUGUAGCUGCUAUAAAAGCUGCAUUACAUGCAGAGUUAGGAGUGCCACCAUGCAGGCAAAGGCUGCAUGGUUGGCGGCAAAAUCAUAUGGCAGAAUACGAUGACAAUCCUAUUGACGAUGAUACAAUUUUGUCAUCUUUGCAGCUACCUCAACGUACAAAUCUCUUCCUUGUUGCUCCAGAUCCUUUCAACUUGGCACCCAGUGCAUCUGUAGAUUCAGUCAACUCUAGUGAUCGGUUAAAUAUGAAAUAUAAAUUGCAUGUAAUAGACACAACCAAUAAUAAAGAAUAUGAUUUCCAUUUCCCAGGCUCCAAAACAAUAUUAGAGAUCAAGCAGGGACUUCGAGAUGUUACUAACAUUCCUGUUCGGUUUCAGCGCUGGGUUGGAUGGCCAGACUCUUUAACAGAUGAAAAUACAAAAUUGGGAGCUCUGGAUCUUCCAGAUUCAGUGCUAGAAUUGAUACUUAGUAAAGAAGAAGUUCCUCCCAAAUCUAAGAAACAGCUUAUUGAUCUGACAUCAAGUGAGAGUGAAAAUGAGUUUGAAGAUGCGGCUGAGUGCUUUGGUGUAGAUGAUGAUAUGUUCCAAGCUAGUUCGUCUUCUAAAAAAAUACAGCCAUUAAUGCCUGAAGACAUUGAAGAUGAGUUGGCUGCAGUCAGCAAUUUUGAAAAAGAAUUUGCUAACAGAUAUGGUCCAUGUCAUCCAUCUUUUCAAGGAACACUUGCUGAAGCUCUUCAAACCUCUUGUUAUAAGCCAGCCAAAGAGCGACGACCCUUAGCUAUAUAUUUGCACCAUGAUGCUAGUGUUUUGACAAAUGUCUUUUGUACCCAACUUUUAUGUUCAGAAACAGUUGUCAGUUACCUUGCUUUAAAUUUUGUGACUUGGGCUUGGGACCUGACAUACGAAUCUAACAAAACAUUUUUGCUUGCGGUUCUUUCUCAAAAUCUUGGUAUGACAGCUGCAAAUGCAGUGCGAAAUAUUGCUUUGAAUAAUUUACCUGCGAUUAUGGUUAUUACAAAAGUGAGAUCAACACCUGAAGUUCUAACUGUGAUUCCCGGUAAUGUUGGGUUGGAUGAUCUCAUGACUCGACUCAUACAUGCUGUAGAAGUUUUUAAUAGUGCUGUGCAGUCAGAAAUAUGGGAAGAGGAAGAAAGGGAAGCUAGGGAAAAGGUUAAACGAGAGCAAGAUGCUGCUUAUGAAGCUUCAUUGCUUGCAGAUAGAGCAAAGGAAGAAGCUCGCAGACAAGAAGUUGAGGAAAAACUAAAGCAAGAAGAAGAAGAAUUAUUAAAAAAAGAAGAAUUGGAACAGAUGAGGCAACAUGAGGAAGAAGUUAAAGAUGCUAUAAGAAGAUCUUUAGCAGAACAGUUACCUCCUGAACCACCUGCAGAUUCUUCAAAACCUGUUAGUCACAUUCGUGUGCGAUUGCCCACAGGGAUCACGAUUGGUCGCCGUUUUACAGCAGAUACCCCACUGUCGUUGUUAUUAACUUAUAUCGCUUCUCAGGGUUACCCAGCUGCAGAUUACAAAGUACUUGCAAGUUGGCCCCGUCGAGAUCUCACUACUUUAGAAGAACAGAAGACAUUAGAAGAAUUACAACUUUAUCCAAAGGAAACACUCACACUAGAAGAAAGAUGAAUUUUUCAUAGCAUAUGUCUUUAUGUAUGUGCUUGUUUUAUACCUCGAACAGGAUAUGGCUACAUGGUAGCCACUUGCUGCAGAAAUUGAGUUAUACCUGUGAUACCCACAUUCUAUUACUACAUUUGCUACAUUUUCUCUGAUUCUAAUGAUAAUUAAUUGAAUAUCUAAGUUAAUAUUAAGCUAUGUUGAACUUAAAAUUUAGUAUAGUUAAAUAACCAUUUGUGUUAAAAUACAUGAAAUUGCAUUUAAAUUAAGGUAUCAAACAUUGUAGCAUUCAAAGAUUUCAGAACUGUCACUGUUGUUUAAGUUGGACUUCAUUAUGUACAGACUAAUUGCCUUCAUCUGAAGAAAUGUUUGAGAAUACUGUGUGCAUUAAUUUUUAAUAAAGUAUGUAUAAUGUAA